CCCACGCGUCGGGCGGACACAAGGCGGCCAUAAAGCAACUGUUCUCGUCGACUUCUGCGGCCCCGGAUUUCGGGCUGUAUUCAUUCGAGCUUGAUUCAUUACACUGAUGAUCUACCGCUAUAUUGACUCCGCGGCGUCACCGGAACCUGGAUUUACGCGCUCCUGUAGGGGCUUAAAUGAGCGUGGCACUGUUUUCCACAUGCUAAUGGCUUCCACGAGGACCAUCGACUUGAGCGUCUCUCCUACAGAAGCCGACGCCGAGGGUGACGUCGUGACGGUAGUUUGCUACAGCUUUUCCCCAGUCGGGUUCAUCCGCGAUCUGACGAAAACGAGUGAGAGUUCGCUCGCCGCUGCGUCAGCGGCUCCCUUCUCCUCCCGCGAACACAUCACUUGUCUCUAUUCACGGCCGCCGCCGCCACUCGCCGCCAUCGAAGAUCCGCGUGAAUCGCCGCCCGGCGCCAUGGGUAUAAGAGCCAGCAAGGCGAUAGCUCGCGCGCCUUCCCCGCCGCCCGGAGAGGACGACUACGAUCCCCCGGCGGAAGACCUUGAAUAUGUCGCCCGAAACCUGCCCGUCUUGCGUGCCCUCAUCGUGGAAGGGCUGAGGGAAAUCGCCGGGCUCUUCCCCCCAGGAGGAUCAUCGCCUCGCAGCAGGGUCAUGGGCAGGGAAUUCAGCCGCGUUCUCGCUGAACUACUCAAGGGCUUGCAUGCUGUUGAGGUGUGCGUGCGCCUCAUUGCGGAAAAGGCCUCUACCUUCAGCUUCGACAAUGGAUGGAGUGGUCAUGGACAGUCUGGAGCACCAGCCGCCUCGGACAGCGCAGACGCCAGCGACACCGGCUCUGCUUCCAACGCUCUCGCGUCUGAAGUCCCCUUUUUCGACUUGGGAACACACCAUUCGUUUAACACGGAGCCGGGCGAGGGCGUGAGCUCGACCGCUAUCAACGAAGAUUUCUCUCCGGCCGAGGAGUCUCCUUUUGCACUCCUCAGGAAUCUCUUGAAGGAGCUCCACGCCAACUUCGUCAAGGCAGCGUGCAUCUGGCGAGACGUCGACGUUACAUUCUUCGUCCUUUUCUCCAUCGCCUUCCGCUCAUCCCUGUGCUACGUCGUUGCAUGGGUCUACGCGAUCAUCAUUGUCGCGGCUCUGCACAUCGUGUGGGCCAAGAGCGCCUUCUUCGCCGAAGGAGUAUACGUGUCUGGCUUGCUCUUUAUUGGCGCUGGCCUGCGCCAGCUCUACUGCUGGACUCGCAAGCGGGCUGAUGGUGCGCGUAACCCUCAAAAGGAGGUAGCCGCACGCGUGUGCAUGCUACAGCCACAAGUACUGCUCGUACUAUCCUUUUACGAGGGUCUUCACGACGAAAUGGGGAACGCUAUCGACGCCGUUGGGCUCGGAGACCUGAGCACCGAAACCAAGGAGAAGUUGAAGCGUAUACUGGGCAUACUCUCGGAACAUCGCAACCGCGAUCCCGACGCAGACGUGGAGGAAGCCUGCCGCAAGGUGCUCGACCGCAUCGCGCCUGCUCCUCACAAUGUGAAUGCGGCUGAAGCCGGGAGCGCCGCAUAGGGG